ACAGUGGCGCGACGCAGUGACGGGGAUGUUGAAGCGGGUAAUCUAACGCAGAAAAUUGGUGACAAAUCGGCGGUGGCGCCGCGGAUCCCGAAAUUGGUCGUCCAUCAGGUUGAGGACGAGCUCUUCUCACAA